GAAACCCCAACACACAAGAUUUAGCCAACUCUCUUUUCUCUUUCAUUAACUUUUUGGUUCGACGGUAGGUGAGUUUUCCCAUUUCUCCCUAUAAAAAAGCACCCAGAGCGCCCGCUCCUUUCUGUAUAUCCAUUUCUCAAUCUCAAUUACUACUCCUCUCAUUCAUCUCUUUCAUAACUCCAAUCUCUUUUUUCCUUUUUCAAAUAAUUAUAUCCACCAUUAUGCCGAUCGACACCACCGCAGUUUCCAGUGAUCAAGUUGUUUGCGUCACCGGUGCCGGAGGCUUCAUUGCUUCGUGGCUUGUAAAGCUUCUUCUUGAGAAGGGAUACACUGUUAGGGGAACUGUUAGAAACCCAGAUGACCAAAAGAAUGCUCAUUUGACAAACUUACAAGGAGCUAAAGACAGGCUUUCUUUGUUUAGUGCUGAUCUUCUUGAUUUUGAAAGCCUACAAGCAGCCAUUACCGGUUGUCAUGGCGUUUUCCACACCGCCUCUCCGGUCACCGACGACCCUGAAAAAGUGGAACAAGCGAUAAUCGGAACAAAGAACGUCAUGACCGCCGCUGCUGAAGCAAAUGUUCGACGAGUGGUGUUCACGUCGUCGAUUGGAACUGUCUACAUGAACCCUAACCGAAGCCCGGACACGGUGGUGGACGAGUCUUGUUGGAGUGACCUUGAGUUUUGCAAGAAUACAAAGAAUUGGUAUUGCUAUGCAAAGACAAAGGCAGAACAAGCAGCGUGGGAAGUAGCAAAAGAAAGAGGAAUUGAUCUUGUGGUGGUGAAUCCAAUGUUGGUAUUGGGGCCAAUGUUGCAGGAAGGAGUGAAUGCAAGUGUUGUUCAUAUGAUGAAAUACUUGACAGGAUCAGCAAAGACAUAUGUAAAUGCAGUACAAGGUUAUGUUGAUGUUAAAGAUGUUGCUAAAGCUCAUGUUUUGGUCUAUGAAACUCCCUCAGCCUCAGGAAGAUAUAUUUGUGUUGAGAGUAUGCUUCAUCGUGGUGAAUUGGUUGACAUUCUUGCCCAUUUCUUCCCUCAGUAUCCCCUUCCCACCAAGUGUUCUGAUGAGGUAAAUCCAAGAAAGAAACCUUACAAAUACACAGUUGAGAAGCUGAUGUCAUUGGGAAUGGAAUUCACACCAAUUAAACAAUGUAUUUAUGAAACUGUGAAGAGCCUACAAGAAAAGGGUCAUCUUCCACUUCCUUCCCAACUUCAACGGUGAUUUUAAUUUCAAUGCUUAUUAUACAUAGCCAAAAGUUGUAUUCUUGUUUCAAGUCUUGAUCUUGUUAAGAAUUGUUUUUGGGGGAAUUAGCAAAAUUGACAUCCCAAAGUGUAAUUUUAAUAGAAUUUAUUACAUAAUGCAAAAUUUUUAUUAUUCUUCUUCA